CCUACCCCUGGUCUAACAGGCAUUAUCACAGCAUGGAUGAAUUCAGUCACUAUGACUUGCUAGAUGCAAGCUCACAUAGAAAAGUUGCUGAAGGACACAAAGCAAGUUUCUGCCUUGAAGAUACCUCCUGUGAUUACGGGUAUUACAGACGAUACGCCUGUACAGCACACACACAGGGAUUGAGUCCUGGCUGUUAUGACACCUACAAUGCUGACAUAGAUUGCCAGUGGAUUGAUAUCACAGACGUGAAACCUGGAAACUACAUUCUCAAGGUAAGGAGUUAGGGA